AUGAGGUGGUCAGGCGCAGUGUUGGCAGCGGCCGGGGUGGUGGCAGGCUGCGGGCUGGUGGAAGCGGUGGAGUUCGAACCACAUGUGAGAGUGGAGAGAGACUACAGUUCUGGCGGAGGAGGUGGAGGUGGUGGCAGCUUCGGUGGCGGAGGAUACAGUUCAGGUGGUGGUGGUGGAACGGGCUACGGUGGUAGUGGAAGCUCGGGUGGAGGCGGUGGAUCAGGAGGCCACCCGGUCGUGAUCGUCCACCAGACCAAAGGUGGAGGCGGUGGCGGUUAUUCCGGCGGUGGUGGAGGAUACGGUGGAGGAGGUGGAGGAUACGGUGGAGGAGGCGGAGGAGGGAGCAACGCCGCGUGUACCAUUUGCGCUGCGUUGGCUCCUCUGGCUCUCCUCAGCUCCAUUCUGCCGCUGCUUAGCUUCGGUUUCGUCACCGUCUCGACCGGCAAGAGACGAAGAAGGGAAGUGCCUGACGAAGUGGUGAACGAAAAACUGAGGGAAUUCUCUCAGGUUCAAGAAUACGUGCAUGAGAAUUUCGAUGUGGAGGCCGAGAAUAGCAUGCAGGAGGACAUUGUGGCCAAGUAUCUCUCGUGCGCAGGAAUGGUAGAGGACGAUAACCACUGUUUAGAACACCUCGCUUGUUCGCUGACCGACCCAAAGUAUAAUCAUCCCCAUGCUGAGAAGGCUGCCAUUAGCGCGAUCCUGCACACCAUCAUGGGCAACCACAAGCUACCGCAGUACCUGAAGGACCGACUGGCGGCUGCUGGGCACGUGGGACGUCAGGAACCGGGCACGUGCUUCCGUUUCCCCUGCCAGAACGCUGCCCCGCCGACGAGCUCCUUCGCCUCCCUGCCACAGGACCUCUCCGACGCCUCCUCCAGCCUGAGCUUCAAUAUAGGGGAGGCUUCGCGACCGGGGAAUGAGGUGGCGGAGGACACGGGUCACGAGGAGGCUUAUAAAGGAGGACCCUCACACAGCAAGCACUACUGGGGGAAAACAUCGAGGUCUUAGAAGCAAGGAAGAAUGAGGAAUAAAACAGAAAAUAAAAACAAACAUGAUGUAAUCAUGUUUUAAUCUUGUUGGUUUUUAUUUUUGUUUUUUGUUGUUGUUUUUGUGUGUUUUUCGGUGUUUGUGAUAUAGAGAAAUAGAGUUUGUUAUCAUCUGUUGCUGCACAGUUUAAAUAUUUGCAAAAGUAGAUGUACUCUGAUUUAUUUGGACCAUUUUCCACUUGUUAUAGAAACCUAGAGAUUUCUUCCAAGUUGUUACAGAUCAGUCACCAACACCAGUUACUAUUUAAGCACCAUAAUUUAUAGUGAAGUCCUUACUUUAAGGUGACGUAGGUACCUAGUUAUAGCGUGUAAACACACAAGAAUCUCUUUCUUUCGUUUACUGAGCGGUAGAGCAGCACGUGGCUUCCUUCCGAAGUCGGUAA